UCCUUUUAAUUUCUUCUGUGUAUCUGUUUUACCUGAUACUGUUGAUUGUGUUAACAUUGCUAGCUGAAUCAGAGCUUGUCUUAUCACUCAGUUGUUCUUCAGAUUUACAAUUCAGAUUUCUGGAUGUAAUAUACUUAUAAGAAUAGACUUAGUUAAGCUUUAUCUGCCACUCACAAGUACUUUAGUUAAGCCUUAAACUUGUCCCAUCCCAUUUGUUCUUUGGUAUCUGUUUCUAGUUGUUUAAUUUCAAUGAAAGGUUGGCUCUGUUUACUCAUUGGUUUGAGUGAUCUGAUAUGCUUUGAAUAAUAAAUUUAUUAGACCCAUCCAGCUAUUUUAAGUUUUAGAGUCUGAUACUGAGAAGGGGAUUAGGGUCGAUUUCAUCAGCAUUUUGGUUUGAUGGGAGCUGAAGAUAACUGCCUCGAUUAUUCUACUAUUGUAAAAAGUAAAGUUGUCAUUCCUGGUUAAAGAAUCUUGUUUUAGUGGAAAAGGCUGGCUGGCUGAAUUAAUUGGCAAAAAUGAGUAAAUGCAUAUUGCCAAGCUAUAUAUGAAGUAGUCGCGUUUUAAUGGUUGGCGACACGAGAUAUGACUUUCCGAUUCUAGCCUUGUGCGUUCCAAAUUGAAAGAAGGAAUUUAGGGUUUUUUCGCCGCCACUGCUUCUAUUCAAUUUACAUAGCAGCAGAAGAGAAGCUUGGAAUCGGAGAUUUUGUUCACUUCUUACCGAGAGCUGGCAGGCUUUACCAGUGAAGAAAUGAGUGAAUUCAUCAAGUUAUCACCGAUUAAGGAGUUGGGGUUCUUGUCAUUCCUUCGGAACUUCAGGGAACUCAGAUCUAUUUCGUUGGACUUCACAUGUCCUCGCAGCAUCUGCAGUUCCUCACUUUGGAAAGUGAGGGUGAAAUUCAGCAGUGGUGGAGCCAUGGUGGAACUCUUUCUAGAACUACCAGCUUUUGUGCCUUGGGAGUAUACUGGGGACAAAAAGGACUUGCGAGAUCCGUUGUUGGAGUUUGUAGAAUAUAGGGUUUUUCGCCGCCGCUGCUUCUAUUGCAUUUACAUAGCAGCAGAAGAGCUGGCAGGCUUUACCAGUGAAGAAAUGAGUGAAUUCAUCAAGUUAUCACCGAUUAAGGAGUUGGGGUUCUUGUCAUUCCUUCGGAACUUCAGGGAACUCAGAUCUAUUUCGUUGGACUUCACAUGUCCUCGCAGCAUCUGCAGUUCCUCACUUUGGAAAGUGAGGGUGAAAUUCAGCAGCGGUGGAGCCAUGGUGGAACUCUUUCUAGAACUACCAGCUUUUGUGCCUUGGGAGUAUACUGGGGACAAAAAGGACUUGCGAGAUCCGUUGUUGGAGUUUGUAGAAUAUAGGGUUUUUCGCCGCCGCUGCUUCUAUUGCAUUUACAUAGCAGCAGAAGAGAAGCAUUCAAGCGUGGGAUCUUGGAUUCGGAGAUUUUGUUCACUUCUUACCGAGAGGCCGUUAUUUGAAAAAAUGAAACAAGCGAAAAUGGAAGAAGGAAAUGGGGUCGAUCACUUUGCUCGCAUCACAGAGGAACUACUCUCGUUGAUAUUAAGCCGGUUUGAAAACCUAAAGCAUCUGUGUGGAUACUCCCUUGUCUCGAAGCGUUUUGCUUUGGCUAUUUAUGAAUUGAAAUCUGUUCAUUUGACUCUUCCAAGUACUACACACUCUACUGAAUCAGCAGAUGAAAUCUGUGCACUUCUCCCUAAGCUGGCAGACGUCAAACUGCUGACAGGCUUUACCAGUGAAGAAAUGAGUGAAUUCAUCAAGUUAUCACCGAUUAAGGAGUUGGGGUUCUUGUCAUUCCUUCAGAACUUCAGGGAACUCAGAUCUAUUUCGUUGGACUUCACAUGUCCUCGCAGCAUCUGCAGUUCCUCACUUUGGAAAGUGAGGGUGAAAUUCAGCAGUGGUGGAGCCAUGGUGGAACUCUUUCUAGAACUACCAGCUUUUGUGCCUUGGGAGUAUACUGGGGACAAAAAGGACUUGCGAGAUCCGUUGUUGGAGUUUGUAGAAUAUAGGGUUUUUCGCCGCCGCUGCUUCUAUUGCAUUUACAUAGCAGCAGAAGAGAAGCAUUCAAGCGUGGGAUCUUGGAUUCGGAGAUUUUGUUCACUUCUUACCGAGAGGCCGUUAUUUGAAAAAAUGAAACAAGCGAAAAUGGAAGAAGGAAAUGGGGUCGAUCACUUUGCUCGCAUCCCAGAGGAACUACUCUCGUUGAUAUUAAGCCGGUUUGAAAACCUAAAGCAUCUGUGUGGAUACUCCCUUGUCUCGAAGCGUUUUGCUUUGGCUAUAUAUGAAUUGAAGUCGGUUCAUUUGACUCUUCCAAGUACUACACACUCUACUGAAUCAGCUAAUGAAAUCUGUGGGCUUAUCCCUAAGGUGGUUGGCUUCACCAGUGAAGAAAUGAGUGCAUUCAUCAAGUCAUCACCGAUUAAGGAGUUGGGGUUCUUCUCAUUCCUUCGGAACUUCAGGGAACUGAGAUCUAUUUCGUUGGACUUCACAUGUCCUCGCAGCAUCUGCAGUUCCUCACUUUUGAAAGUGUGGGUGAAAUUCGGCAGCGGUGGAGCCAUGAUGGAACUCUUUCUAGAACUACCAGCUGUUGUGCAUGAGGAGGCUUCAUCAUCUGACGAGUCUUCUUCAUCUGAUGACGAGGACCCAUGCGCUGCACUAACAGACACAGGAAUGCAUGCACAGUCUCUCUUUCGAUGUUGUUGUGUUUGGUUACUUGUGCAGUGUUUGCUCAGAAAAUGCCACCCUUCACUUGCGAGUGUCACCAUCACAAAUAGCGAGAAAGAGGGGGGACAAUUUGUGAACAAUAUAAAUCUUCUUUUUCGGAUAAACAAGUCGAAUGAAACAGAACUAUGCUCAUUGAAUCAGACACUUGUUGGAUGUGUGACUCAAAAAUCCCGGAAUCAGGAUAACUGGUGAAAGUGGUGAAUCAUGCGACGUUAGAUCCGGUGGAUGAACUAGAUUCUGAUCCAGGCGCGUUGGAUGGCGAUGAUGUAGUGACUUGGGAGUAUACUAGAAUCGUUGUUGAAGUUUUUAGGUAAAUAUGGAGAAACAUUUCCUUAUCCACGUUUAACUUUGCCGAAACUAGCUCUUCUUUCAUUUGAUUUAAUGUUAAUUUGGGACUACAUUUUGAUAUUUAUCUUUAUCUGAGAAUGUCUCUAUCUAUA